AUGCACCUGUAUCUGAUCCUCUGUGGACUCAUUCACCUGCCGGCAGCGAUCCAGUUGCCAGUUGUCAAACAGGACACUGGGGUUAUAUCUGCCAGUGUCGGGGACAAUGUGACUCUACAUUGUAUCUAUGACAGCCAAGUGGCAACACACUUCUCCUGGUACCGACAAACCUUUGGAUCUGGACCUGAGCUCCUGUCUGCUGUUUACAAGUACGAUAAACCAUCCAAAGUGUUCCACUGGAUGGAGGAGAACCCUCGUUUCUCUGUGCAGAGGGAGGAAGGCAUGAACCAUUUACACAUCUCUGACGUCCACCUCUCAGAUUCAGCUACAUACUUCUGUGGAAGCUCACACUCCAACAUAGUAGAGUUUGGAGCGGGAAUCUUCCUAAGUGUCAGAGGACCCAGACUCAAGGAGGUGGUCCAGGGUCCAGUAUCUGAGACCAUCCAGCCAGGAGGCUCUGUGACUCUGAAGUGCACCGUUCACACUGGGACCUGUGAUGGAGAACACAGUGUUUACUGGUUCCAACAUGGACUUCAACAAGGACUCCUUCACACACACGGGGGCCGGUGUAAGCGGGCCUCAGCACCGGGGUCUCCUUCACAGAGCUGCGUGUACCAUCUGCAGAAGACCAACCUGAGCUCCUCUGAUGCUGGAACCUACUUCUGUGCCGUGGCCUCCUGUGGGGAGGUGCUGUUCGGUAAUGGAAGCAAGCUGCUCCUCCAAGGUGACGUUGAAGUCCACAUGGCUCAGAUGAGAAUCUUAGCGUGGCUCUCCAUCAUUAGAACUACGGUUCUCUUGUUCUUUGCAACUAUUUGUGUCCUGCUGUACAUCAGAAAGAGCAGGUGAAGUCUUUAAUGCAGAGUUUGGCUCAGAAUGCUUACGUAUCUCUAAGUCUCUGUUAAACUCUGAGACCCAAGCCUUUAUUUUAUUGAUGUACUUUUCUUUCUUCUUUUUAAACUUUUUUUUUACAUUUAAGUUUUUGUGAAGUGUUGCAAAAUUCCAACAGUGGGACUUGAGACUUAAAAAUAUGUCACCACGUUCUAACAAAUUCCAUAAAUUACGCCCGAUUGUUUCUGUUCUCAUUCUUCUUAAUCCUGAGCACAUCUGCCAUGUCUUUUUAAUUUAAGCAAGAAUCCCACUACACAUUAUUUACCCUAUCUCAUAUUUCCAUACACAGAGGUCAUCAGAUAUUUUUCUGUGCAAAUCGGGAUUGGAAAACCACCCACUACUCAGGCACCUAAAAUGUCUCUCAUUAACCUCAUGAUGGCUCUUUGACAAACAAGUUUACAUUUUUGCAAUUAUCUCCAAUAAUCAAUUAGUCAAUAAUCA